UUUUCAUUUUUAUCAACGAAAAUGUGAUACGUGUGUAUAUAAAUGAUGUAAACUAAAUAGUUAGCUUUUUUUUAAUAUUUAAAAAUUCUGUACCUGACUAUUAAUAUGUUAUGCAACAAUAAAAUGAUUAAUUUUCUUUUAGUAUUAUUAUUUUUUUAUCCCUUCAUUACAUUCAUAAGUGCUUUAAAUGCUGAGGUAAAACUUGAUUUACCAAACGGUGGAUUUCACAGGACACUUAAAUAUGACAUAAACAUAAAGAAUUUUGAAAUGAAUAAUUGUCACGUGGCAUUGUAUUUUGAAUUUCCAUCGUCAUUUUAUGUAAAUGUGGACGAAAUUUCGAAACUGGUGAGAAGAGGGCAGCUAACAGCGUGCUCUAUAGGCGAAUUUAAUGUAGAAUUAUUUGCUGAGAAUGCAGGAACACAAAAUGUGACCGUUUGUUCACGUCUGAUUGGUUCAAAUGUGAUCUUGACAUUGCCACUUCAUCAACGAUAUCACGAACCACGUGAAGGUGGUGGUUAUAUUGAAAUUAAAUUGCCAAAACCAAAACUUCUCAUUGGCUGUGAAGAACGUAUCAAGGAGCAUCGAGUUUCAAAAGUUGAACUUUGUUCACCAUGCUCUGAACUUGUUGAUAAAUGGCGGGAAAUAUCGUACAAUUUG